AUGAGCAGUUUGCCUCCGUCUGGCAGCAAUAGCGGGGGUCUGAUGCGUGCUGUGUGCAUCCCGAAGCGUACGGGCGACGGCGGCGAGCUCAACUCGCAGACGUACCGGCCUAAGGUGGAAGUGAAGGCCCGCAACUCUCUGUACAUCAUCAGCUACACUGAAGUACCGCCUUUCACGAGGUGCAGGUCGAGAUCUAGGGUUAAGUUGGCGGAUGGUGGUGUUCCGAGCGAUCCUCGGGCGGUAGCUUUGAAAUGCAACGAUUUUGAAGUGUUUGUGUACAUUGACAUCCCGACGAUAGACUACUACAAGGAUGAGCUUCAGGAUACUAAACUUUCCAAGUUCAAUAAGAAGUUCAAGUUACAUCUGCUGCGAGAGGCAAUUUUUGAUAGUUUUACGAAUGGGAAUGACCUGUUUUGGGACCAGUGGAUGCAGAAUACUAAAGAGCUCGGGCAGAAGAAGACGUGCACAAUAGCCGUUUCGUCGUCCGGAUCGCUGAGAUACGUGGAGACUAUCAAAUUUCUGAUCGAAGCAUGCCAUGAGAAGCUAUCAGAGUAUGUUGCUUUGAGCAGGGUCGCUUUGAAGUUUGAAUUAGAGGUUACACCUACCUCGCGCAGGUGGUUCACCACUUUUUUGAACAAGCAGAUCCUCGAGGGAGAUAUGAUAGAAUUUGUGGAUUUGGGAUCCAACUCGAAGAUUUCCGAAUCGACAACCACGCCUUUCAAAGAAUAUUACGCCAAACUUAGCGCCAAAUUCGCUCCGCACACCCGUGACAGUAUAGAUACAGGGAAGCUGGACUCCAUUGUGAUCAUAACCAACAGCACGGGAGUGAAAGCGCUGCUGACUAUCCUAUCGGACCGUCCCUUGACCAGUUAUAUCGUGAAGGAGUCUAUCGAUGCACUUCACGAUACUGGGUUGAGAAAAAAAGACCCACCCGUGGACAGUAGUGAGGAAGAAACGCCACUUAAAAGGGAGUCUUCGUCCCUCCUGAGCUUCCAGAACUCCUUGCUCACCUCUAAUAAGGACAAAUCUGUCAGAAUACGAUCGCUAUCGUUGAAUCAACGGUCGAACAGGGCCCAUGCUUUUUCAAACGAUGAAAUGCCCUUCUACAAGACAUCCUCCAGGGAGAUAUCGCCAUCACCAGGUGUUGGCACUCUGUUAUCUAGGUCUUCGUCGCGAUACUCGCCCGCGCCAAGGUCGAAUUUAAUGGCUGAGACAACACAAGAAGAAGGCUUCGAGUUGGCGCCCGACGGCGAAGGGUUCAGUGAAUUGGACGAUGAUGACGAGGACGAUGAUGAAGAUGAGGACGAAGGUGACGAAGAUGGAUUAAGUUUCAACGUUCCAAGUAGGCUGUCGAGGUCCGGAUCUUCUGAUGUUCUCUCGAGCGGUGAGAGAUCGAACACUAGAACUGGAAGAUUUAGAUCUCUGAGUCUUAUGGACCCUGCUUUUAAGAGCCCCUUUGAUUUGGCCGCCACAGAAGAUCAAGCAUCUUCAACAGAUGGAUCUCGAGUUACCAACAUAUACAUACAUGACGGUGAGUUUGAAGAGACAGAAUCAUCCACGAAAAGAACAAAGAAAAAGCUUAACAAAGCUCUGCUUUCCAGGCAAAAUUCUAGCAAUGGUCUGAUUCCGCCGGAGUUUUAUUCGAGAAUAUCAUCGCCAUGCACCAGCGCUAGUAGUUCAAACUCAUCUCUGCAUGAUCUAAAUAUGGCGCCUGGUACGUUUUCCAAGUGGUUGGGUCCUGAUAGUUCAGCGUCACACUCAUCAAACUUUCAAACAGAUAGUUCCCAUCCGCUGUUCGAGAAAAACCUCAUCAACAAAUCCUUUGAAGAGACUAGAAAUCAAAGUUCUGCGAAUCUGUUCAGUACGUUGAUGGCUGGCAGAUCUGUCAAGAAUCCUCUUGCUUUGAACUUCAAAUCAAACAAGGUCAUUCCUCCAGAAGUUCAAAUCAUGGACGAGGAAGACCGCCUGAUGUCGGGCUACCACAACGGAAACAGCAAUUUCAGCGCCGAGGAUACUUCUGACGACGAAAGAAGAUCUGUGAGUACCGUUGUGCCCGAUAGGCCCAGCUUUACGAACAGCAGCCGCGCUAUUGAGUCGGAUGGUCAGUCGGUCAAUGACCGGAGGCCCGCAGAUACUACUUACAAGCCUCUAAGCUUGAGCUUGAAGCUUUAUGACGACGAAGACGACGGGGGCGGCAACCACGCAAGCUCUCCGUUGCCGAUAAAGGAUAGCGAGCAGGACGACGAGAGGCCGAAGCCGAAGUACAAGAAGGCCAUUUCGCUCGAUUUAUAUGGGGACAGCGAUCUGGAUAAUGCGGGAGGCUGGAUCCUGGGGGGCAAUGCCAGAUAG